GUGAACAACAAAUUGUCCAAAAUGUCUGUCGUGACGACUAUCCUUAUCUGCUCUCUAGUUCUUGCUACAAACACGAGAGGCAGCGAAAUAAUCUGGCGGGAAGGAAAACGCUAUGAAAUUUGCGUACGAGACGAUGGCACCUAUUUGGUUACUGUAAACGGCGAGCUGUGGCUUGCUAGUUCUCCUAUUGUGAACCGCAUCUUUGCCAAUGGGAAUUGGAACCAGCUCAAGCUAGCAGGAAAAGAGCAACAAAACGGCUCGACUCCGGGUUUGGGCCAAUUCUCAGCCAUAAGUUUGAGUCUCCAAACGGCGGGGAGCGACUCAAUUCGUCUUGUCAAUACAAUCAAAUACUACACGAAACAUGAUCUCUUCCUAUUCGAAACAAGUUUUCCUCAAAGGGUCACUGGUAUGGCUCAAGACAAACCAGGAGAGACAACUAUAAACAAAUCAAACAGAAAGGUUGGUAAUCGUGUUGGAGAGUUUUGGAGUACUACCACGGCCUCAACCUUUUUCCCUGCGUUUGAUUUCUCAAAUACAUCCAAGCUGCAUUCUCUUGGGUAUGCGGAGUGGCAUGGACGCUUUUCUAGCGAUUCGAAUUCCUAUGGUGUCGGCUUGAAGUCAUUCAAAGGAGGUACAGAGGGUGGUCCAGUGGUUCUAUUUAAUACAACUGGUGAGGUGGCCAGGAACCAGUCUGAUGCAAUAGUCAUCUCCUCGUUCAACAACUUCAAACAUGCCAUUGCUACCAAAGUUGAUGCAACCCCCCAGAAUGCUGCAAGCUUUGUUUUUGGAUUACAGAGUUACAUCACCGAAGUCCAAUCCGGAUUCAAUAUAUCGUUUGGACUGUCUGGAUCAGAACACGGAAUCAAUGCUGCAGUGGAAUCGUGGGGUGAGAAGCUAAGAGCUCGAUACGGAACUACACGAAUAUCUCCAGAAUUCGAUCCCACAAAUACAAAAUUAGGAUACUGGACAGACAAUGGUGCUUACUAUGAUGGCAGUUACUGGCAACAGAAUCCCACGGCAGUGGCUCAAGAUGUCCUCGUUGAUGUAAAAAUGUUACUCGACACCAUGGGUGUACCUAUUUCCUACAUUCAAUUGGAUCCAUGGUGGUAUCCUAAUGGCAAUGGAUGCAUUGAAUGGAUACCAAAAGAAAACUUAUUUCCCAAGGGUUUGUCAUGGUUGCGGGAAACGUUGGGCAUUCCAUUGUUGUUGUACGCCAACUAUUUCUCUGUGCAUAAUAAUUACGUCACAAGGAAGCAGUUUGAUUUCAUUGAUAGCCUUGACUUCCAACUUAGUUAUGCACGAGGACCAAUUGCUAAUGUUGAGCCUCAUCAGUCAUAUCAAUUUUAUGAUUAUAUUAUGUCGCAGUACAGUCGCAGCAUGGGUGCAUACGAAGUCGACUUUCUUGACUUCCAGUUUCUUCUCUUUCUUGAGUUGCAGGAGCAAGUUGAUGCGGCUGAAAUUUGGAUGAAGGGAAUGACAGAUGCCGCAUUAAAGCACAACGUUAGUGUGCAACUUUGUAUGGAGUUGCCAAGUGAUUUGCUACAGUCUGUUUUGUUUCCUGCCAUCACAAAUGCUCGUGCCAGUGAAGAUGACUUUCCCACUGCUGGUAACAGGUGGGACAUUGCCAUGACUGCCAUGCUGAUGCGUGCACUGGACAUUGGUCCAUUUUUUGAUGAUAUAUGGACACGAGCUGAUCAGCCAGGCAAUCCAUACAACAAAUCAUCAAACAACAUUAGAAUGCGGACGAUCAUCAGCACCUUCAGUGGUGGACCGGUUGGUAUUAGUGAUGGAAGGAAUUUCACUGAUCCUGAGCUCAUCAUGCAGUCGUGUCGUGCUGAUGGAGUCCUGCUAAAGCCGUCAAAACCUAUUGUGCCGAUUGAUGCACAGUUCAUGCCGGUGGACCAAGGGGGCAUACCAGCCGGAAAUAUUUGGAAUACUCACAGUCAGAUUGGUUCUACCAUGUGGUACUACGUGCUCGCUUUUGAUGUAGCAAAGCAGUUCCAUGUCACUCCAUCUCACAUCUACCCUCUCAAAAUGAUGACCAAUCGACCAAAAUUUAUGAUAGGAGAGUGGGGAUUUCCUAGCUGUUCGAACUACAGCAUGGCCACCGCGUGCCUCCACACGUUCGACGAUGCCCAUCCAUUUGCUCUACAUACGGGCGACAUGAACGGACAAGAGCACAGUUUUGUUGUCUACUCUAUCAGUCCCGUCUUGUCUAACGGUUACGUGUUCUUGGGCGAGUUCAACAAACUCGUUGCCGUCUCGCCCAAUCGAUUUACAGAAGUGAGUGUGAAUGGAAAUGGCGUGAAGGUGAAGGUGUCCGGUAAACCGUCCGAAAUGUUGACCACGUGGUUUGUCAAACCAGACGGUCGUAUCCUCACAGUUGCAGCACAAAUUCCCUCGUCUGGCGAGGAAACAAUUUAUGUUGCGUAAAUUAACGAAUAUCGUCUGCCAUUAUUGAAUUUGUUUGUUGAUUGCCUCGGCGUGUUUUGGAUGACUCUGCUGGUUAGAUGGUGUUUGGUCACGUGACACUAGAGCUGCACGUUGACUGGUAAACUAGGCAUUCAGUCAAUUUCGGUGUGGUUCUGUCUGCA